AAAAGUGGACGGCCUGGCCAAGUCUGUCCCCUGACCCUGACCCAAAAGAGCAGGUACGGCACACCUGUACAGCGCACGGCGAGGGACUCUGCAGAUGCGCUUUGCUUCGAGUGGUCUUCGGAUCUGAGACGGACGGCAAACAUGUUCUUCAAGUGCACCCAGGAAAACAUCGACCUGUUGACCAGAGGGGAGGAUGACUCCAACACUGAGCCUCUACUCCCUUCACUGCCCACCCAGAGGACAUUCGACUUCAUACUGGUGGCUGACAAAGUGGAUGAUGACUCUGACCAGAAGGCUCAGAGACAGAAAGAGUUUAUCCAGCAGCUUCAAAAGAAGAGAAUCACAGUGAAAAGGAUUACCCAUGAUGACAAAGUAUUUUUUGGCCUGCGAGCGCAUAGCGAGAUCUUUGAGGACUACAAAUACCUACUCAAAGUCUCUGACUCUUGCAAUUGGAGUGGAGACAUGAAGGGAAUUGUCACUCAGGCUAACAGGAUACGAAUUGUUCACUUCAUUCUCCUUCAGACCUUCAUAAACACAGGAGAGAACCUAGAGGACCUCUUAAUGAAGGAUGUGUUUGAAACAACCUUCUGCCUCCAUGAGAGGAAGGAGCAGAAACAACUGCGACAGAAGUGGGCUCGGUGGUCAGCUUUAUUUACAGGACAGCCAGUCCUUGACGUCAAGUGUUACUUUGGAGAGAAGGUGGCUCUGUACUACCUGUGGCUGGGCUGGUACACCAAAUUGCUGGUUCCAGCUGCCGCCCUGGGUGUCAUAGUGUUCCUCUACGCGCUGGCCUUUUUCAACACCAGCCCUGUCAUUAAGGAAGUGUGUCACUCAAACAUCACCAUGUGCCCUCGCUGUGAUAAGAGAUGUAAGCCUUGGCAGCUGUCAGACACCUGCACGUAUGCAAAGGUCAGCCAUUUGUUCGACAAUGAGGGAACGGUGGCUUUUGCCAUGUUCAUGGCAAUCUGGGCCACACUGUUCCUGGAGCUGUGGAAAAGACACAGAGCCAAGCAUGUCUCCAAGUGGAAAGUUUACGACUGGUGUGAGGAGGAGGAAGAACUGAUCAUGGAAAUAGUCAAUGAUGUGAACUGCAACCCCAAACAGUUCAGACAUUCUUACAUACGCAGUGCUCUGGUUCUCACCCUCGUGACAGUCAUGCUGAUGGUGAUCAUUGGCCUCACUCAUGCUCUCGUCGUGUUUCGAGUGGUGGCUGCUCCCUUGAUGUCUGAGUUCAAGUGGGAGUUUUUGCAGGACCAUGCCAACACCGUGGCCGUGCUGCUGGGAGCAGUACUGCACUACAUCACGAUUCAGAUCAUGACCCGGGUUAACAGAUGGGUGUCCCUCAAGCUGUGUGAAAUAGAGAAGCCGAACUCGCUUGCAGCCCAGGAGAGGAGCUUCACCGUCAAGAUGUUCACCUUCCAGUUCUUCACGCUCUUCUCCUCUCUCUUUUAUGUGGCCUUUUUCCUGGGCAGGAUAAAUGGACAUCCUGGAAACUAUGUGCGGAUUGCAGGCUUUAGACUGGAGGAGUGUCAUCCCAGCGGCUGUUUGACAGACCUCUUCAUCCAGAUGGCAGUGAUUAUGCUCCUUAAACAAACUCUCAACAAUAUUUUUGAGUUCACAGUGCCGUGGUUGAAGAGCCUUCUGAACAAACGGAGGGCCCAUAAGCUGGAAAGGAAGUGCGGCAACUGUUACAGGAAGACCUGCCGGGAUGAGCAGGGGCGCAUCGAACCAUGCGACGUCUGCAAACUUCGGGACUGGUUGCGAAACUACCACCUGGCCAGCUCUGAUGCCUUCAGCCUGUUCAAUGAAUUCCUGGAGAUGGUGAUCCAGUUCAGUUUUACCACCAUAUUCGUGGCAGCCUUCCCACUGGCGCCGCUCCUCGCUCUCGUCAACAACAUCUUUGAGAUCCGCCUCGACGCCAUCAAGAUGGUCCGUCUGGAAAAACGCCUGAUUCCCCGAAAGACCAAUGACAUCGGUGUGUGGACAAACAUUUUGGAGGCCAUCGGCGUGUUGGCAGUGAUUGCCAAUGGUCUGGUCAUUGGGAUCACAUCAGACUUUGUUCCUAGUCUGGUUUACCGCUACCGUUACGGCCCAUGUAGCAAAGGAAACCCUAGCGCACACUGUAUGCAGGGCUACAUAAAUAAUACUCUGGCUACGGCCUACCUGAAAAGUGGAGAUGUAGCCGAGUUCAGUCAUCCCAUGGAAAGGCAUCUCUUCAAUGUCACCCAAUGCAGCUACAGAGACUAUAGGACUGAGGACUACACUCUGACUUCCCAGUUCUGGUUGGUCUUAGCCAUUCGCUUUGCCUUUGUCAUCCUCUUUGAGCAUGUUGUGGUCGUGUGCAAGUUUAUUGCAGCUUGGUUUGUCCCCAACAAUCCCAUGCACGUAAAGAACGAACGCCUGACUGACAAACUGACUCGGCUGAGGGAGGAGUUACGAGACAGAAAAUACGUCAGAUCAACAGAAGUGUGACUUGCCGUGUCUGCCUCAGAUCUGCAUCGGCUGACAAAUCCCUGCGACUGCAUGAUGGAAGGAAAAUGGAUUCCUGUUUUUAAUUUGGGGCUGUGACUUUCAAAAUAAGUGUGUGAGCUUUAUGUGCCAGGGUAUAAUUGCCUCACAGCUGACAGUUUUUUUAAAAACAAAUUGUAAAAAAAAAAAAAAAAAAUGUUUUUGUUUUAUGAUGAAUUUGAUGUCUCUUUCAUUUUCAUGUUUGACUGAAUUUAACUGAAUUGAGGGAGAUUGGAUUUAAUUGAACACUUCACUAAAAGGGAACCUCAUUAUCUGCUGUUUUCCCAGGUCAAGUAGAGGACGAGCAGAUUCAGGCAUUCUUCAGACAUUUUGAGUAUGUUCAUAGAGAUUUAGAAGCAUACACAUUAGAAUUAGUUCAGAUGACAACUGAAGUAAUAUGAAAAAGAAGUUGAUUGUCAGAACAGUGUUUUUUUCAAAGAAUAAAAACCAGCAGUGCAAAAAAAAGUAUUUCUUUUGGUUUCCUCAAUUGUGGCUGUCAUUAGCUGGAUUGUAAAUAAAGUUGUAUUAUAUAAAAUUGGGAUGUUUCAUAAUAUGUUGUAAAACCC